AUGGAUCACAAGAGUGAGGAUCAAAGCGAAGUCCAAGAUCUUAGUAUACCAUCAAAUCCAUCACAUCUGAGCUGUCAGUUUGAAAUGUCAGCUCUGAUACAAAACUCGCCGAUUAGUGAUAUAAACGCAAUGACUUCUGUUUCUCACAUCACUAACUAUAAGGAAUCAAAUAAUCGUAAUCUUCGUUACUAUAGUCCAGAAGUGGGAAUCGGAGAACACAUGACUCUGAAUGCGACCACAAUUGCACCCGAAUAUGAAGAACUCCAAAACAGUCCCAAUUUGUCGCUUAAAACUUGUGCACAAAAUGGCAAUUAUUUAAUGAAUGGCAACAAUGGAGCCAACGGUCCGUCCAGAGGGUUGGGAACAUUGGGUGAAGGGUUCCCGUAUUCGGAGCAACAGAUAGCGUGUGUGUGUCAGGCCAUGCAACAGGCCGACAAAAUCAAGAAGUUAGAAGAGUUUAUGGGAUCUCUUCCAUCAAACGACCAGAUUAUGCGAAACGAAGAGAUGUUACGCGUGAGAGCGGCCGUCGCCUUCAACAACAAGAACUUCACGGAAUUGUAUCGCAUCCUAGAGUCGCAUCAAUUCCAUGCGGACCACCACAAGGAGCUGCAGAGGUUGUGGCACGAGGCCCACUACGAACAGCUCGCCAUCAAGUCGCAUCAAUUCCACGCGGACCACCACAAGGAGCUGCAGAGGUUGUGGCACGAGGCCCACUACGAACAGCUCGCCAUCAGUCGCAACAGAAAACUCGGAGCCGUCGACAAGUAUAGGAUCAGAAAGAAGUAUCCGCUGCCGCACACCAUUUGGGACGGCGACGAAUUCGUCUACUGUUUCAAAGAGAAGUCCAGAGCGGAGCUCAAAAGGAGUUACGAAAUGGCCAGAUAUCCGUCGCCCGAAGAGAAGAAGAAAUUGGCCAAAAUUACUGGCCUUACAUCCACUCAAGUAAGCAAUUGGUUUAAGAACCGACGACAACGAGACAGAUCGCCUACAAAUGAUGCCAAUCAUCAAAGGAUCAGAAAGAAGUAUCCGCUGCCGCACACCAUUUGGGACGGCGACGAAUUCGUCUACUGUUUCAAAGAGAAGUCCAGAGCGGAGCUCAAAAGGAGUUACGAAAUGGCAAGAUAUCCGUCGCCCGAAGAGAAGAAGAAAUUGGCCAAAAUUACUGGCCUUACAUCCACUCAAGUAAGCAAUUGGUUUAAGAACCGACGACAACGAGACAGAUCGCCUACAAACGAUGCCAAUCAUCAAAGCAAAGGUGAUGGACUCGAGUUCGUCGAUGAGGUCACUGUUGCCGACCGACCAUUCGUUCCCAUCGAGUGA